CUGCAUAUAAGUCUGUAAUAGAUACGAGAGGACACUAGGGGAGUAAUGAGUCGCGGUGACUGUCAGUUACAUCGGAGUUCCGUGUGAUCGACGAACGUUCCUGCACACACAAUCUAUCAUGUCACGCUCCAUGCUUUUGCUGAUCUUGCUGAGUAUACUGCUGCUCAAUUGCCGAGAGACGUUCGGUCGGAGAGGACGAGGAAGGAGCAGGAGCAAGUCUCGCGUGCAGAUUGGACUGCCCAUCACCGGGAAGUAUCGCGAUCCGGAGAGCGAUCAGUAUUACAACAACAAUAACGGAGCCAAGAUACUGCUGGCGUCGCACUUCGACCUGGAGUAUGUGCUGGGACACAAAAUAGCAUUCCUCUGCGUCGCCCGUGGCACCCCGCGGCCUCACAUCACCUGGUUCAAAGAUGGCACCGAGAUUUACACCCAUUUGUAUCUGCACAUACACGAGUGGCAGGUGGGGCCUGACAAGGUGAAGUCGAAACUCGAGAUCGAUCCGGCCACUCAGAUGGACGCGGGGGUUUACGAGUGCACGGCGGACAAUAUGUACAGUAUCGAUCGCAGGUCUUUCAAGACUGACUUCUCCAUCGCCUUCGAUUAACGUAAGCGCGAUACCGUCUAUUAAGCCGAGGUAGGGUCUUGCAUUUCCACGAUAGACGCUAUGAAACCACGGUAGACCGUUGAAGAAACGAUUUAGAACGCUAUGUAUUUCACUGUAACAUGAAAAAAGGGGAAACUAAAUUGUUCUACCUCAA